CAUGAUCUUAAGCUCGGGAGAACAUUCAUCGGUUGUAACUUGUGUCUCAGCAAUCGGCACCCACGUUAUUGUAGCGUGAACUGUCACUGUGAAAUAAAAUUCCUUCAUCCCAGGAACUGUGGAGCUCCAGUGAUGGUAUUUUAUUGCCAGCGUCAUUGUUAUGAUAAAAAAUACACGACUAAUGUGGUUUCUUGUAAACCUGCUAAGCAAGAUGUUGUCGUGAAUGGCAAAAAGAAAAAAAUUGACUGUUAUGAAACAACAUUUGAGGACACUGUGAUGUUUCCUGAAGGGGGAGGUCAGCCAGAUGACCGUGGGACAGUUGAGGGUAUACCUGUAUUGCGUGUUCAACGAAGAGGAGGAGAUGCAGUGCACUACUUGGAAAAACCACUUGAAGUGGGAGCCAUAGUCACCCAACAGAUUGACUGGGAUCGCAGACAUGAUCACAUGCAACAGCAUUCUGCCCAACACCUUAUCACAGCUGUAGCAGAUGCUAUGUAUGGCUAUGCCACAAACUCCUGGUACUUGGCAGAGUCCAUUUCCUAUAUUGAGUUAGACACUACAAAGGUUUCUACUGCGGAAAUCAAUACAAUUGAAGAAACUGUCAACCAGAGGAUCAAGGAUGCUACACCAGUUCACAUAGAAGAGUAUGAUGCCACAGACCCCAAGCUGAGAGAGAUCCGUACCCGAGGUUUGCCAGAUGAUGUUGUUGGACCAGUACGUGUUGUCACCAUUGAGGGUGUGGAUGCUAACAUGUGUUGUGGUACACAUGUACGAAAUCUAGCAGACCUUCAGGCCAUCAAGUUGCUGCACACAGAAAAGGGGAAAGCUAACAAGACACUGCUCUACUUUGUGGCUGGUGCAAGAGUCCUCAGAUACCUGGGAGAGUGUGUUAGUCGAGAGCGUCAGUUUAACAUCCUCCUGCACUCUUGCUCAUCUGACCACUUGCGUCUGGUGGAGAAAAUCCAAAAGGACCUCAAAAGCUCCUUAAAGUCCCUGAGAGAUGCCAUGAAGGAUCUGGCAGUCUUUGAAGGUCAAAAAUUCCUAGCUCAGGACCCAAGACCUCAGGUUUACUUUCAUCAUCGCCGUGAUGGAGACAUGGACUACCUCAGUGCUAUUAUUAAUGAAAUAAAUGAUGAGAAUGUGCUCAAGGUGCUGACUGUUGGGGAGGAUAAAGGACCAGGAUCACUGGUAGUACAUGGCCCACCCAGUCUAGUGGCUGAAGUUGGACCAAGGCUGUGUGAGAUCUUAGAAGGACGUGGUGGAGGAAAAUCUCGCUUCACUGGGAAAGUUACAAAACUUGGAAAGAGAGGAGAAGCAGAAAAAUACAUCCUCGGUGUCAUGGACAACCAUAAAACCGAAAGCUAAUCAUGUAACACAAUUGUGGACUCAUGAUGAAUAUUAUUAAAAUAUAAAUAUUUAUUAAAAGCUUUGAGAGUCUUA